AUGAAAACAGAAGACCAUUGGCCAAAAUGCAUAGGAACUCUGGAACGAAUUUCAGACGAGGACCCAGAAGUCAAGAAGGAAGCAAAAGCAGGUGGAGCAUCACGAAAGGAAGGCCCAGAACUGGUAGAGGAAAUGAUAAAGCUAUUCUCCUCAUGGCACAAAUUAAAGAAGUUUACUGCUUGGGUCUUGCGGUACAAAGAAAACCUUCGAAAUUGUGGUGAGUGUCUUAAGAAUCCUCAAGACCAAAAGAAGACAAAAAUAGCAACACCUAUUUUGGUUAAAGAAAUGCAAGUUGCCGAAAGGGACAUCCUCAAGUAUGUCCAAAGAAAGAGCUUCCCAGAAGAAAUGGAGAUCUUGAAGAGCAAGGAGACAAACAACGAGAUGAUCUGCAUCCAGCCUCAGUCACGGACGAAGCUGAUCAAGAAGUCCAGUGCUAUCUACAAGUUGGAUCCUAGACUAGUUGAUGGGCUCUUGUUAGUCAGUGGUCGACUCAGAUCUGCUUUGAUCCCAGAAAGUGCCAAGCAUCAAGUCAUUUUACCCAAAGACAAUCAUGUAUCCAACCUAAUUAUUCAGUACUAUCAUUUGGCCUCAGUACACUCAGGUAGAGAGCACGUUUUGUCCUUGUUGCAACAAAGAUUCUGGGUUAUCAGAGCCAAUUCAGCCGUCCGAAGACUACUAUCAAGAUGUUUCAGCUGUCGCCGCAGACAAGCUCCCGUUGCUGAACAGAAGAUGGCUCAUUUACCCGAAGACCGUGUCACCGCAAACAAGCCGCCAUUCACUUUCGUGGGUCUUGAUUUCUUUGGACUAUUCAUUGCGAAAAGAGGACGGUCCGAGGUAAAGAGAUAUGGUUGUAUCUUCACUUGUAUGACCAUAAGGGUAGUACACAUCGAAGUGACUCACUCGCUUGACACCGACUCAUUUGUAUAG